AUGGCUCGUACCAAGCAAACCGCUCGCAAAUCCACCGGUGGCAAGGCGCCCCGUAAACAGUUGGCCACCAAGGCUGCUCGUAAGAGUGCCCCGGCUACUGGCGGUGUCAAGAAACCCCAUCGUUACCGCCCCGGUACCGUCGCUCUUCGUGAGAUCCGUCGUUACCAAAAAAGUACUGAAUUAUUAAUCCGAAAAUUGCCAUUCCAACGUUUGGUUCGAGAAAUUGCUCAAGAUUUCAAAACAGAUUUACGUUUCCAAAGUUCUGCUGUUAUGGCUCUACAGGAAGCAAGUGAAGCAUAUUUGGUUGGUCUGUUUGAGGAUACAAAUUUGUGCGCCAUUCAUGCAAAGCGUGUCACAAUUAUGCCAAAAGAUAUUCAAUUGGCCAGACGUAUUCGUGGAGAACGUGCUUAA